CCCUUGUGCAUUGCCAUCUCAUGAUUGUGCUCCGAUCUGAGGUGCUGAACAUAACUGACGAGGUUUAGCCGUAUCGGCGCGGUGUUGUGGCAGCGGUAAACUGACGAGCUUUCUCCUUGCAUAGCAGCAGUACCGGUUCCAUUUGAUCAGCUGUGCCAAAUAUGGCUAAGACAGACUUAAACCUACGCUCUGUGAAGUGGCCAUGAUGUGUUUCUGCGGUUGCAGAUGCAUGGUUUGCGUCAAUUAAUAGGACGUUGCUAUAGAACGUAGACGUGUCAGGGGAGAAGAGCCUGGAAUUCGAAGAUCGGUACUCAGGUACUUAAGGAUGCAAGAGGGCCCAUCACGGUCACUACUUAUUCUUGAUUUUGUGAAGCAUCAUGAAAUCUGUAUCGUCUGCGAUCGUUGCCGUGGCAUUGUCUCUGGUACCCCUCGUCGCUACCCAGGCCUCUGAGUGGGGUCAGUGCGGUGGCCAAGGUUGGACUGGAGCUACGACUUGCGCUUCUCCUUACGUUUGCACGUACCAAAACGACUACUACAGUCAAUGCAUCCCCGGUACUGCUACAACGUCCGUGGCGCCUACGCCCACCCAGCCUACAUCUACUGCUUCGGCUCCUACAUCGACCGCAUCCGCUCCUGCUGUUACCGGAUUCGUACAAACAUCUGGCCAAACAUUCACCCUGAAUGGCGAGACUUAUACUGUCGCAGGCGCGAACUCGUACUGGGUCGGCCUGAUGGCCUAUAGCACUGCGGACAUGAACCAAGCAUUCGCGGACAUCGCAGCUGCCGGGGGAACCACCGUCCGAACAUGGGGUUUCAACGAGGUCACGGCAGCUACCGGGGGAGGGUAUGCCUAUUACCAGCUUUGGGCGGACGGAAAGGCGACUGUGAAUACUGGUUCGGAUGGCCUUGAGAACUUUGAUAAUGUUGUCGCUGCCGCUAAGGCCAAUGGAAUUCGUCUGAUUGUCACCUUGACGAACAACUGGUCGGAUUAUGGUGGCAUGGACGUCUACGUCAGCCAGAUCCUCGGAUCUACAGAUCACGAUCUCUUCUACACCAAUUCCCAAGUCAUCGCCGCUUUCCAGGACUACGUGAAGACGUUCGUGAGUCGUUACGUCGACGAGCCAGGUAUCUUGGGUUGGGAGCUCGCGAAUGAGCCCAGGUGCGCUGGAAGCACCGGAGUCACCACCGGAAACUGCACAAAUGCCGACAUCACCGCCUGGGUUGAGACCAUGUCGGCGUUCAUCAAGUCUAUCGAUUCAAACCACUUGGUUGGUCUUGGUGACGAAGGCUGGUUGAACGUCCCAGGCGAUUCGGACUAUCCCUACUCGGGAACCAUCGGUAUCGAUUUCAACGUGAACCUCAACAUCAGUACCAUUGACUUCGGUACCUUCCACUUAUACCCCGAAAGCUGGGGCGAAACCGCCAACCCCUCCAGUUCCGCCUGGGGUCAGCAAUGGAUCACCGACCACGCUACCUCGCAAAAGGCUGCCAACAAGCCAGUGAUUCUGGAAGAGUUCGGUGUGACUUCUGAUCAAGAGGACGUUUACACUGCAUGGUAUUCCACGGUGAUAAGCUCUGGAUUGACUGGUGAUCUCAUAUGGCAAGCUGGAUCCAACUUCGCCGACCGUGGACAAACGCCUAACGACGGCUACGCUGUUUACCCCGGCACCGAUGUCUAUACCCUCGAGACGUCUCAUGCUGCGGCAUUGAAGGCGGCGCACGAUUAAAUCUCAUUUGUGAAGCUUGUCUGUGGUUGGAGUUCGUGGAGUACGAAAAAUUUCUAGUUCCUUACUGAUUUCCUUAGCUGGUCGCAUUGUGUGAACGUCUAUAUCUUUGAUGAUUUCUGAAUAUAAUGUUGUCUGGU